CUUGAAACACGUUUAUUUAUGAGAAAAUACGCAUAAAAUAUUAAAACGAAACACACACACAGACUUCAAGUUCCUGAAAAAAAAAAUUAUAUCUAUACUGUUGACUAUACAAACUAAAGAGAAUUUGAAUACUUGACUUGAAAAUGAGUUUAGAAAAGAAUGAAAUUUUAUUUCUUUGCAACUUUGAUUCCGAAUUUAGUGAUUCAGAACCUGUGUUAUUAAAGAAUCUUUGGAGUGGUCAGUGGUGUGUAGAUAACUUGAAUCUUUGUAAAGAAUUGCUAUCUAAUCUUGAGAAUGAUGAGAUGCAGAAGUUAUUAAAACAGUAUAAGGCUGAUGAAAGUAGCUUACAGGCUGUCCAGCAAAUGGCUAUUGGUGCUUUUCUUACUUUUUGUGAUAAAAAUUGGAAUCCACAUCCAAAAGAAUUAAAUUUGGAAGAGUUUUUCAAAACUGAGUGGCCCAAAAACAUUGAUGUAUCUACAUUAUUGCAGAGUGAUUCUGAGCCAAUAUACAAUAAUAUUGUAUAUCCUGAACUUUUAUAUUUUUCCAUACAAAUAUUUUCUGCAUUAUGCCACAUAGACUCUAAUAUGCUACACAAUUGGUGGUUACUGAGAAGUCAAGUUGUACACCAAAGAGUUUUGGAAGAUAACAGUGCUAAACUUUUCAAUAACAUAGAUUUAAUAGCUGCUAAACUGUGUAACUUCUCAUUAAGGUAUACAGACCGUAACCUUCUUAUAUUGCUAAAUUUAGAACUAGCUCAAGCAUAUCUAGUGUAUGACAGAGUACAAAAGGUGGAGAGUUAUCUUCAAAAGGCAAAGGAACUUGCCGGUUUGAAAUUAGAAUUGACAGGUAUAUUGGGAAAACGAACAAAGUUUCAACAGAAAGCAUUGCCACAAUUGGCACUAACAAGUGAGCUUGACAGCAAAAUUGAGCGAACACCAGCUGAAGAAACUCAUGGGAAAUCAGAAUUGCCACCUGAUGUGGAACUACAAGAUGAUGUGCGGUUGAAUAAGAUUGCCUUUGACGAAAAGAUCAGUGAGGCAGACCUGCCCAGUCUGGAACAGACAUUGUGUCUGUUGACAGCGCAAUAUCUCCUAAAAUCCCAGCCCAAAGACGAUCUCUUACAUGAGGAACUCCGUCCAUACAUUGAUGCGGUUAACAACCAGAAGAGUGGGCCAUGGUCAACACGCGUAGCGGCUUUGCUGUUCCGUUGUAAGCUUGAAGCAAAUCAUAAGAGAACUGUGGAGCGAGCUAUGUUGCAGUGUGAGACUAUUGUUAAUGAUAAGACUGGAGUGUCAUCAACUAAUAGGUUAUCCUACCUAUGGGCGUCCGGACUAUCGCCUGCGUGGACGUGGCGGCAACAGUUGGCCGACUUGUAUCUCAGUCUCGGUCUAGUGAAGGCGGCUCUAGAAGAAUAUCUGAAAUUGGAACUUUGGGAGGAUGUUAUUGUUUGUUACACUAUGCUACAGUUGAGACAUAAGGCUGCGGAAGUGAUCCAACAACAAAUAGAUGUAAAGCCAACUGUGAAGCUUUAUUGCCUUCUUGGAGAUGCUACUGACGACGUAAAUUGCUAUCAAAAGGCGUGGGAGUUCUCUCAGUGCAAAAGCAGCAGAGCGCAGAGGCAUUGGGGCAAUUACCUCUUUGACCACAAACGUUAUGAGGAGUGCUUGCCUCAUUUCGAGAAGUCGGUUGAAAUCAACCCCAUACAGGAGCAUGUCUGGUUGAGAAUCGGUUUCGCAGCGCUGUCAAUAGAGAACUGGGAGCUAUCAGCCAAGGCGUACAGACGAUACACAUAUUUACACCCGAAUUCGUUCGAGGCGUGGAACAAUCUUGCCAAGGUGUACGUGAAGCAAGGCGACAAGCAUAGAGCGUACAGGGCCUUGAUGGAAGCGUUGAAACUUAAUUAUGAUAAUUGGAAGCUAUGGGAGAACGUGGUCGUAGUGAGCGUUGCGACGGGACAUUUCGAUGACGUCAUCCGCGGGAUCCACCGGAUCCUCGACCUUCAGAACAAGUUCGAUGAUGUGGAAGUGUUGGCGCUGCUGGUGAACGCAAUCGUGACGGCUGAUGAUGAUGAUGAGGAUAGUGCUGCUAGAUUAAGGAAGCGUGUCCUGGAACUUUUUGGUAGAAUAACGUCCAUUCACCCGAACAAGGCGGAGAUAUGGAGGUUGUACUCUGAUGUCAGUCCUACAUAUUUGCUGAAGGCUCAGCGACUACUCAGAACUUAUAGAUGUGUUACGCAGAAUGGAAACUGGACAAACGACCCAGAUACGUGCAAGAGAGUCAUAGCUCUGACUCGAGAGUUACUGGAAUACAGUGUGAAAGCUCGACAGGAAGCCGUGGAUAAGGAAAUACUUCAAGCUGAUCAACAACUGUCGUCUGCACGCUUAACAGGACAAGCGGUUAUAAGGGUCAUUGAAAGACAAAUAUGGCCGGAUUCCGACCUAGAAGAUUUGAGGGAGGAAUUUCGUAAUGCUACUGAAUAUAUGAAAACUAUAAUGUACAUUGUCUCAUAA